UGGAGUCGGGUGUCCAGCCAGCUGCUCCUUAUCCCUGCCGUUUGACAGCUAGGCUAGCUUGUAAACAACACCAAAAAGCCCCGCUGCCUCUCCGAAAAUCUAAUGAAUGAGUGCGCCUUUGUUUUUAGCGGUAGUCGCUGUGUCGGCGAGUGUUGUUGUUUUCCCUCCCACAGUAUCUCCCCUGCUCCUCUCCAGGAUCGUCUCUGCAACACACUGAGGCACUGAUGUUGCCUAGCUGAGCUAACCUCUCAACUGCCUGGAGAGACAAUAACAUUUUCAUUCAAACACAAGUCAUCGCGUGUCGGCGGAUGUCUCGUUGCCUUUCCCUGAGAUCGGUGGCCGGUUGGAGUUGGGAGGUGGGUCCUCAGCAGCAGUGAUGCGGGCUUCAGUGGCGGGCUGCAGGAUGAGCGUGGGUGCACUCCUCAAUGGGCUGCUGGUGUCUGUGGUUGCAGCGCUGCUUUGGAAAUAUUCCAUGCUGAGUGAGCAUGCUGCCUUGCUGGAGGAGGAGCUGCACCUGACACGGCAGUCCCAGGAGGUCUCCCAGGCCCGCAUCGACUAUCAUGCCGCCCUGCUGGCUCUCCAGGAGCACGGCACCCGCAUGGUCUGCACUGGCAAAAUGCACACCGACCGCAUCUGCCGCUUUGACUACCUCUGCUACUGCUCGGAGGCAGAGGAGUUUGUGUUCUUCCACUCCAAUUCCUCUGUCAUGUUGCCUAACCUGGGGCCCAGACGCUUCCAGCCUGCCCUGCUGGACUUGUCCUCAGUAGAGGAUCACAACACACAGUACUUCAACUUUUUGGAGCUCCCUGCUGCUGCUUUAAAGUUCAUGCCCAAGCCUGUGUUCGUACCAGAUGUCACAUUGAUUCUAAACCGGUUCAAUCCCGACAACCUAAUGCACGUAUUCCAUGAUGACCUGCUCCCAGCCUUUUAUACUAUGAAACAGUAUUCAGACUUGGAUGAUGAGGCCCGCUUGGUGUUUAUGGAGGGUUGGGGUGAAGGUCCACACUUUGAUCUCUACCGACUUCUCAGCAGCAAGCAGCCACUACUCAAAGAACAGCUAAGGAACUUUGGCAAGCUAAUGUGUUUUACCAAGUCAUAUGUUGGCUUGUCCAAGAUGACCACAUGGUAUCAGUAUGGCUUUGUCCAACCACAGGGACCCAAAGCCAACAUCCUGGUCUCAGGGAAUGAGAUCCGUCAGUUUGCCAAGGCUAUGAUGGAGAGGAUGAACAUCACAAUGGUAGAAGAGACAGAGAAGGAUGCUGGGAGCGUUGAAGAGGAGAAGGAGAAAGAGAAGAAGGAUGAAUACAUUGUGGUGUUUAGUCGUUCAUCAACAAGGUUGAUUCUGAAUGAAGCGGAGCUAAUCAUGGCUCUAGCCCAGGAAUUUCAGAUGAGAGUGGUUACAGUAUCCUUGGAGGAACAGUCUUUCCCCAGCAUCAUCCAGAUUAUCAGCAGGGCCUCAAUGUUAGUUAGUAUGCAUGGAGCUCAGCUUGUCACUUCACUCUUCCUCCCCAGAGGAGCUGCAGUGGUGGAGCUCUUCCCCUUUGCUGUGAACCCAGAACAGUACACUCCAUAUAAAACCCUUGCCUCCCUACCAGGCAUGGACCUUCAGUAUGUUUCCUGGAGGAACACCAUGGAAGAGAACACUGUCACCCACCCAGAUCGACCCUGGGAACAAGGAGGCAUCACCCAUUUGGAAAAGGAUGAGCAAGAACGAAUACUGGCAAGCAAGGAUGUUCCCAGGCACCUGUGCUGCCGCAACCCAGAAUGGCUCUUCCGAAUCUAUCAGGACACUUUGGUGGACAUCCCUUCAUUCCUGGAAGUCCUCAAAGAGGGCUUGAGGACCAGGCCCAACUUGAAGAAGACCAAGCUGGCCAACACAGUUCAUCCAGGCCGAGUAAGAGAACCUCAGUGCCACACCUCGGUCCAAGCCACCAAUGAGGCUAAACUCACAGUUUCCUGGCAGAUCCCGUGGAAUCUGAAAUACCUGAAGGUAAGAGAGGUGAAGUAUGAGGUGUGGAUCCAGGAGCAGGGAGAGAACACCUACAUGCCUUAUAUUCUUCCCCAGCAGAACUACACUUUUUCAGAGAACAUUAAGCCCUUCACCACUUACCUAGUCUGGGUCAGAUGUAUCUUCAACAAGAACCUCUUGGGGCCCUUUGCAGACGUUCUUAUGUGCAGGACCUAGUAGAAACAACUUGUCAAACUGAUGCUGUGCUGUUUGCACAAAUGUUUGAGUAACACAUGUUCCAGACAAUCACAUAUUGGAACAGUGGACAGUAUGAUUGCAGCUUGUCUAACGGGAGUUGAUAAAUGUGAUUUGGCCUGUUUCUGUGAUGAACUCUUGCACCGUGAUGUUCCUAUGCUUACCAUAGAAGAUAAGUACAGUUGUUACUUACUCAUGGACAACACCGAAGAAGUCUUGAACUGUUCCACAAGGCCAGAAAAACUGGAUGAAUGCGCAAAUGGAAACCGUAUCACCUGUACCUAUGAAAGGAAGUUAAGUGCUAAAUACCACUUCUCUACUCAUGAUAAUAAAAUUCAAAUGAACAGGUUUAUUUAUGUGCAAAUUAAUAUUAUAUAACAUGUUUUUUUAGUAGUCGUCAAAACACUGAUCCCUUACCUUUUACAGUAUGCAAUGUAGCUUUUCUGUGGAGAGCAAGUGAGAUUUUAGGAUAGCAAAGUUUUAUAUGUGUUUUUUUUUUUUUUUUUCUGUCUUGACCAAUGUCUACUGUGUGUGUGAUACCCAUGUGGCUUAGUUUCCUUAUGGAUUGCUUAAUUACACCUGUAUUUCCAGAAUCUUGCCAAAACCAAAGUAAAUUUCAAAUUAGUAUCAGCCAACAUCAGCAUAAAUCAUUCAUUUUUUUAAUGCUUUCUCAUACUGCGGAUCUUUUAUACUCUGUUUCUAUGACCCAUUCAGUUUUACCCAAUGUCUCACAAAAGUCUCAUAAUUUAAAAGGGAAUAGAAGUGUAUCAAAAAAAUAAUUGUAUCUGAAAAGGUGUAUUAUUUGUAGCCUGAAAAAUCUGUAAGCUAAUAAUAAUUUAUGUGACAUUUUGUGGUGGAAGAUGCUGUUCCUUCAUGCCACUAGAUUUGAGUAGUUCUCCCAUGUAAUUAUGAAUAUAGCAAGACGAGUGUUUUUGUGUUGCUGGAGUGUCCAACCACCACUGGUUUGCAUUUGUUUUACAGUGUAAAUGAACUUAAAUUUUCACUCACUGUUUGGCACCAAUAACAACUGUAAUAAUUCUAAUUUCUGCAGAUUGUAUACAUCUUUUUACCCAUAAUAUAAUUAGUGUAGGCCAGUUUUAUUUAUUUAUUUCAUUUAUUUAUUUUUAUUUAUUUAUUUUUUUCCAUUAAAAAUAGACUACAUUGCUCUAAAUAGCAUGUGAACACAGGUCUCACUGGCACAUAAAUUGAGUCAGCCAGCUACUGUAAUACUGUACAUUUGGAGCUAAGCAGCACUGUGCUGGACCGAGGAUUUCAUUGCCUUGUGCAAAACCAUUUUAAUUAAGAUAACAAGGUAUGUUGCACUCUUGGAUUCCACUGCCUUGUGUGAAACUCUGUUAAUUAAGAUAAAACUCCCAGAUUUAUCUCUCUUCACUUUCCCCAGAGCCCUCACAGGGUUUCUCGCUGGUAAGAACAAGUUUUUUGCCGGAUUUUGAAUCGGGAGAAACAAGAGAAAUCCACAACCGGUUGUUGCAGUUGUUUGUGUUUUUUGCUAAUGAACCGGUACUUGUUGCUAGCUAGACAGCAAACAUCUUUGUUUGGGAUUUUUUUUUUUUUUUCCAGAAACUGGAGCUAGAGGUGGUUAUAAGUAAUUGGUAGCAGGAAAAAUAGCAGAGAAAUGGGUCUUUGCCUACUGAGUGGCACAGUUUGAUAACAAUACACUGCCACCAUUAUGUGUUAACUCUAUGUGCCAUUUUUCUAAUGAUGUCAACUUUUCAUGUACUUUAUCCUCUGCCAGUUAUCUACAAUUAUCUUUUUGUUAUUGUUCUGUCUGCUGGCCAAAUUCAAGGGUCUUGAUUUUAGGCUACAUGAUGUUCUGAUAACCUGCAAUCUUAAAGUGGAAUUUGCCAUGUUUCCCUUUUUCAAUUGUUUACUUCACUGAUAGAUUUUUAUUUGAUACAUUAAAGUUCUCAGAUGCAGUUCUGUUGUCAGUGAACAUUCAAGAGAUUAUUUAUUUUGAACCACUGUUCAGUGAGAAGAAUGUGACAGUUUAGAUAUGUAUGUGUUUGUAUUGUUUGUUAGAUCUAUGUGUUCCCUCCUCCAUCCCUUAUUAGAGGAGAAAUUCUAUGUGUUGAGUGUCAGAAGUGAGAGUGCAUAAGUCUCUGUUUUCUACAUGAGCAAAUAGUUGGAAUUUAAUUUGGAUUAAUUGUGAUUGAAUAAAGAAGCUUAUUUCUUA